GGGAAUUGAUUGAUUUGGUUUGUUCCUUCUUGGAAUUAGUCGUAGUGGUUUUCAUUUGCUUGAUCUUUUAACAAUCAUUCGUUUGUUUGAGAGCAUCACUUUCAAUCGUGUGAGUUUUAUGAGUGCCGUGCUCUAUAGAAGUUUCUAGUUGGAUUUUACGGAUCUGAAGCUUAUGUUACUAGAUUUUUCUAGUCAUGUUUCAUAUUAUCUUUCGGUUUGCGCUCUUGAUAUUUUAUGUUACUUAUUGUCUUCUUUAGCAUAAUUAAUAGUACUCUGGCAUGAAUAACGAAAAUUAGAAGAAUAAUAUCCUUUACAUUCAUAGAGAAAAUUGUAAAAAAGUGCAAUUUUCGAUGAUUCACACCAUACUCAUCAAAGGGCUUUGUGACUUCCAAAUGACUUCCAGCGGGUCGAGAUGUUCGAUAUCAGCAUCCUUAAUAAUUGGCUGAGUGUCUUGUGUCUUCAUCAUCCAUAUGAUCUCAUGCUCAACUAUAGCAUGUGUCGAUAGUAUGUCUGGCCGUGGAGCUGCUUAAGAAGAGCGUUGAUAUGUAUGGAGAGAUUGCAACUGUUGUCGGCGCCUACGAUAAAUAAUAUCAACUGGUCGAGGUGGAUCCUCUUGUAUUAGUGUUGGUACUGUGUCUGGAUGAUAAGGUGGCUCCUCUAUUGGUGAAUAUGCCUUCGAUGGAUCAUAUAGUGAUACAUGGCCCAACAUCGAUGGCCCACCAUGUUCUACUGGCCGUGGAGGUACAGUGUGUGGAAGUGUAUGUAGGGUAUUCAAAACUGUUUCCAUUCGAUCAACAACUUGUGAUAGAGUUUCAAAUAUUCCGCCAUAUGGAAUAUCUGGCAGAACAUGUUUAACGUAUAAUGUGAUUUCUGCAUGAUAUCGACCUGAAAUAAAAGCACCAUCAAGAUUACACUAAACUUUUUUUAUAUAUAAAAAUAAAUAUAAAUGUAAAAAUGUAUUAUAUAUUAAAGAGAUAUUAUCAAUUGUAGUUUUCACUUUCCAAUCGGUACAUUUAUGAACACUAGAUGAUAGAUCUUCACAUUGAUUAUGAGAUAUAGUAAACUUGCAAUGAUAUUUAAGAUUAUCUAUUCGUAUUGGUCAAAUUUUCAUGUGACUAAAUAAUACAAUCACUUUCCGCUCAUUUUGACCAACCAAUAGAGACGGACCCAUCAUAGUAGAUGGCAAUAAUGCACUAACUGGCACACAUGGGACUCCAAAGUGUAUGUAACACUUACAAGACAAAAUUAUUAAUUUCGCGCACUUAAACUAAUGGAGAAAUUAUGAAAAAUAUUUAUAAAGAUCAUUACUCUAUAUCUUGAUGUACGAACUCGUUCGCGAUUUGUCGUAAUUCUUUUAAUAAUUGCAACUACGCAUUUUUGUAUAAUUAAAGGUAUUUGGAUGGUUUUGCAUCGUCAACAUAUGUUUCUUCAUGAAUAAUUAUAUACAUCCAUGGAACGAAAAAAAACACCAAAUAGUAUAUUGUCACUUGAUAUGUAAUAUACCAAAAAGUUGGGUUGCAAUGUUAACUUUGAUAUAGAGGAUCAAACUGCAGCUUGAGUUGGUCAUGUGUCAUUUCCGAGUAAUUUUGGAGAUGUGGGGAUGAAUUCUGGAGAAAAUUGAGUGUUUCGGCGCAAAUUGGGCGCGAAACGAAAUCUAAAGAGACUUUUCGGAUUGUAACGCUAACUUUGAUUAAAUGAAUCAAAGUGGGGCAUGAGGAUAAAUUGUAGCAUCUCCGAAUCAUUUUUGAUGCUUGGGGAUAGUUAAUGGUACGUUUUAGAAGGGUUUUGAGGUGUUCGACGUGAAUUAGUCGCGCAAAAAGAAACUCGGAGUGAAGUUGUUGCCAGGUGCAGGAUUUGCAUUGGCUAUCUUGAUCAAAUUGAUCAAGAUAAUGCAAGAAAAUGAAAUAUAUUUGUUCUCGGAUUGAAUUGAGAGCUUGUGGAUGGUUGUUGGCAUGUAUUGGAAGUAAUUAAAGGGAUUCGGAAUUGACUGGAUGCAUGAAACGACUUCAAGAAAGGGCUGCUGCCAGGCUGCUGUCCAAGUGCUGGAUCUGCACUUGGUACCGGUACCAAAACAGGGUGGUACGGGUACCAGUACCCGAGGACUGACGUGUAAAAGCUGAUUCAGCUUUUGUGAGGGGCCAAGUUGCAAUUGGGGCUGAGCUUAUCUUAACCCUAGGUAUAUGUACGUGGUUCUCAUGCAGUGAACCACCUCUCUCUCUCCUUCUUAUCUCCUUCUUUUCCUUCUCUCUAGAAACCAUACGAGAUGGUUUUUGAAGGAAAUUCAUGAGGGAUUUGGAGAUUGCUGCUGCGAGGAAGAUCGCGAGCAGGGAAGCAUGGUGUACGCAGGGUAUUUUCCUGCAGGUCAUGUGAAAAGGGUUUGCAAACAAAAGGCUAAGAGCCCCACUAUACCCUUGGAUCGGAAGGCACAAUGGAAAUCAAAGAAGGAUGAUCCUAAGAACAAACAAACAUGGAAACCAAAGAAGGAAGAUCCAAAGACAAAUGCAAAGCAAACUUGGAAACGGAAGAAGGAUGAUCCUAAGAAGAAAAUUGCUCAAAUCGUCGACAAGCAACAUAUUUCGCAAUCAAGUCGGCCAACGCAACCCAAAACACGAAUAUUCAAGACUUCAAGACUCCAUGUUUAAGUUAUAGAGUUUGUAUUAGGAAUGUGUGAAAAGUGUAAUUUUUCUUUUAUUGGAUCGAUCAUGCAGGAGGUUGUCGUUUUGUGAUUGCAAU